AUUCUAUUAAUCCUUUAGAACAAAGACAAAAGCUUAUUGGUUUGAGAUACCUCCUCUACACAUCUCUCUCUUUCUCUCUCUUGGUCUAUCUACCUAGUUUCUGCCUUCUGGUUCUCCAAGAUUUUGCGCCGGAUAUGAUCUUCCUCUCUUUAAAUCAAAUCCAACGGUUGGAUACCCACAUGUUAAUCCUCUUUGUUCUUUUCUGACAUUGAAAAAUUUCUGAACUAUUCGAACACUAGAUAUUCUCUUCUUUGGGUUCAUAUGCACUGCUCUGUUCUCUCCUCUGUUAAUGGCUGCUGCUGCAACUACUGUCUCUCAAAUCUUUGAAAACAAGAACAGCAACAGCAGCAAUACCAACCAUGAAAUCAGCAGGCAAGAAAUCCAAGCUGCCAUUGCCAAAGCUGUGGAGCUGAGAGCUCUCCAUGCUGCUUUAAUGCAAGGAAACAGUCCUGCCAAUCUGAGAUUCCCGUCUUCUUCCCCUGCUUCACACACUGCUUCUCAGUUCUCUGCUCAAGAUUACCCAGUUUUCACACCGAGCUAUGAAGAUGAACCGCUGCCAGGAUAUCAUCAAAUCCCACUAAAAGACCGAGCAGUAUCAGAAAGUUGGGAUGAGUAUGGACUAGGAGGAUAUAGCAAUGAAACUGUUCUAUCAGAUUAUAAGGAGAAUUCAUCCUCAAGAAAGGGAUUGCCUUCUGGUUUGGCCGGCUUAGAAUCCCACAUUUGUCCAGCUGAAGAUCACAAAUCUGUCACCGGUUCUUGCGCAACCCACAUCACUGUCCUUCAAACAUCGCCCUGGAAUGACCACUUUAAGUCAAGCCGAAGAAACAGUUUGGGAGACUUCAAAUCAGUAUCCUCCUGCAAUAGAUGCAAGCCUGCAAUUAUAACUACCGAAUCUGAGAAUUUGACAAGGAACAGCAGGAAUUCUAAUAUUAUUGUUCCAUUAACGGAUUCUCACUCGUCCAUUCAAUCACAACCGAAGAAUCGGGGAGUGAUCUCAUGGCUGUUUCCUCGAUUAAAGAAGAAGCAUAAGAACGAAAACUCCCCGAACCGAGCAGAAUCCGAGGAAGUCUCCCAACUCUUUAAGGACUUGGGGAUAAUGUCAAUGGAAACACUGAAGAAAGAACUGAUGGAAGCAAAUGAGAAUAGAGACGCAGCCUUGAUGGAAGUUGCUGAGAUGAAAUCUUCCUUGGGGGAGCUUAGACAGAAGCUGGAGUACUUGGAGACUUACUGUGAAGAGCUGAAGAGAGCUUUGAGGCAAGCCAUGCCGGCAAAGGAUUCCCAAAUUCCUGAAAAGCUUGGAACUUUUCCUAGGAGAGGGAAAUCCUUUGAUGGAAAUGGAGAAAAUUUGAUGCCUGUCAACGAGGAAGUAAUGGUGGAAGGUUUCUUGCAGGUUGUAUCAGAAGCAAGAUUGUCAGUGAAGCAAUUCUGCAAGACCCUUUUUGGCCAGAUUGAAGAAACUGAUAACACUCUAAUGGACAGCUUAAACUUGCUUCUUCAACCAUAUAAACUGUCUUUGAAUUCCAAAUACUCAAAGGCAGUGUUAUACCAUUUGGAAGCUUUCAUAAACCAGUCACUCUACCAAGACUUUGAGAACUGCGUCUUUCAGAAGAAUGGCUCCCCAAAGCUCUUAGAUCCCCAACAAGAUCGCCAGGCUCAAUUCUCAUCUUUUGUUGCACUGAGGAACUUAAGCUGGAACGAAGUAUUAAGGAAGGGGACUAAAUAUUACAGCGAGGAAUUCAGCAAGUUCUGCGAUCAGAAAAUGAGCUGCAUUAUUACCAUGCUGAAUUGGACAAGACCGUGGCCUGAGCAGCUUCUCCAAGCAUUCUUUGUUGCUGCCAAGUGCAUAUGGUUGCUGCAUUUGCUUGCCUUUUCUUUCAACCCACCAUUGGGGAUUUUAAGGGUUGAUGAGAAUAGAAGCUUUGAUCCUCAUUACAUGGAAGACAUGUUCAUGGAAAGGCAGAGGUCACAUGGUCCUAGCCGAGUUAAGGUCAUGGUAAUGCCAGGGUUUUAUGUUCAGGACAGGGUGUUGAGGUGUAAGGUUGUUUGUAGGUAUAAAUCUGCAGCUUAAGUUGUUUGGAAAUUGGUUUUAUGAUCAUUAGUCUCACCUAGAGAAUUAAGGUUGUAAUUAUCAGAUUGACAUGAUAAUAAAUGUCGAGUAAUACUACUCUUCACACUUAUUUAUCA